AAAAAAAUCUUUACUCAGUUUUCGAAUUCUCUCGAAUCCAAAGAAUGUUAAGAUGCCGCAGAUGAGCAAAUAAGACCCUGAUCCCAGGUCGAACAUAAAUUAAGAACCCCAAAUUGCAGGCCGAAAUUCGAAAUUGCAGUGGGAGAUGGAAGAUGGGCCAGGUAGGUGUCUGGAUAUUGGCCGAUAACCGGUAAGCAAGGCGACCAGCAAUUCCAAUUCCAUUUCAUUUUGGCAAUAUAAAGGCUGUCUUCGCUGACUCUGAGUCAAAUCAAAGUCAGCCUCCCAUCCAGACAGCAGCAUGAUCAAGAUUGGCAUCAUCUCUUUGGCUUUUUGCCUGGCGGUUGUUCUGAGUGCUCCGCUGGAUCAUGACAGCACCACCGCCCAGCCACCGGUGGCCAUUCUCGAGUCAUCCCACGAGAAGCACGAGGAUGGGUCCUACAAUUUCUCCUACCUCAGCGAGGAUGGCACCCACCGCAGAGAGGAGGCGGUGGUACGGAACCAGGGCACCGAAAACGAGUAUCUCGAGAUCAGCGGCUCCUACUCCUACUUCGAUGCCACUGGAAAGGAAGUAACCGUCACCUACAAGGCCGAUGACCACGGGUUUGUGCCCGAGGGUGGGGCUAUCCUGCCCCAGAUUUCACUGGCCGCCAAACAGGUCAGCGAGCAGGUGUCGGAGCCGGAUCUUGAUUAUGAUAAGCCCCCUAAGGUCUAAUAA